AAAACUCCAUCCAAAACUGCAUUUUUGGCGUCUUCACUUCUUGCAGAGGUUUCUAACAGCUAUAUCUUCACUCUUCACCGCUUCCAGAUCCUCAAGAAAUAUCCUUUUACAGCGCAAAAUUCUACUGCUGACUCCACCACUGGCAGGAGAUCAAAACAGUUAUGUGAAGUGGAGUGCAAUGGACUGAGUUUGUGUUCUUGGAUUGUGGUAAAAGUCUCUUGUAACCAAACAAUAAAAUAACGAAAAGCACAUUUAUUGUCAUAAAAAGAAUCUGCAGCUGUAAAAAUGACUGAAAAUGGGACUCACGAUCUGCCCAAUUGUAAAGACUUCCUUGCCCAAAUAGGUCCAAUUGAUACCUUGCUAGGUUCAGUGUCUUACAAUGAGAUUGAUAACACUGAUGGCAAACCGCAGCAACUCCGAACCAGCGCCCGCGUUUUUAAAAAAAUGAAAUUCGACCUUUCUGUAAGCGCUGCUCUUGAAAAGAGUAAAGAAAAGAAAGAAGAAGUGAAACCAGAGGAGGUCAAACCCGAGGUUAAAAAAUACGUCAGUACUCUGUGGAUUUCUGAAGAGAAAAAAAUGUUCUUUGAGGCUUUGAAUGAGUUUGGGAAGGAUUUUGAAAGUAUCCAUUCUUAUAUAUGCACGAGGUUAAAAAAGAAGGGUAUUCCGGACGAUCAGCUUAAAACAAAGCCACAAAUCAGACAUUUUUAUUACAAAACGUUUCACAUGUUGAGUGGUAACUUAAAAUUCAACGAAAAAGUUCCAAAAAAUGUGCAAGAACUGUACACUUUGAUUAAUUAUGGUGAACUGAGGAAAAAAGUUGGAUCCGUGUCAAAAAAAUGUAUGAGUAGGGUAGGUGAGCUCAUAAACAAUGGUUAUAUCGCGUUAAGAGUGAAAGGUAAAAUGAUUAAAGUGAAAACGCCAAUGUGUAGAGCACUGAGAAGAUUAAAUCAGUUGGAUGAAAAGUAUGACGAUUUGAAACUCCCCACGAGGGUUUUGGUUGAGCUAAGACCCAAAGACAUGGUGUCUUUUUUAAAAGUUCAAAGCAUAGCGCAGAAUCCGCGUAUCAAAGUAGCACUGGCGCUACAGAAGCGGCUUAGCUCACUCAUCACAUGCAUGAACACUAGGUGGAAGAGCUCAGAAGCCGUUGUAUAUGAUAAAGCUGUGAUUUCAACCAACCCUAUUACAAAGGAUCGUGUACCUGAGCAAAAAGUAAUUGAUGAAAAUUCCUUAUUAUUAAACCCUCUAUUAAGAUUAUCACCUCCACCAGAUGCUCACGUGGAAUUGCCUUCAAUAGAUAUAAGUGAAUAUUUUACAGGUCAAAGUAUCUCUUUACGCGCUUUUGAGAUGAGGAAAGGUGUUAGAACUCAAGAAGAAAUAAAAAAAGAAGAACCCGACAUAAAAACCGAAAAAUCCCCAACCAAACCAACUAAUGAUGAAAUCAUUAGUGGCGAAAGUGCGAAAACGUCAGUGAAUAAAUCCGUAAACGAAGCAGUGAACACGAUUUUAUCACUGCAAGAGACGCACACUAAAAUUGAUAGUAAAAACGACAGUAAAAACAAUAUAGUUAAAGUCAAUCCCAAAGAUGUACCUUUAGAAGAGAAGAAGGCAAGAAUAAGUCAAAUUAGAGAGGGGUGGACGGUGGAAACGUGCGGGAGUUUGACAAUAGGAGAGCUUUACUUAAUGUUCGGCGUCGACUCGAGAUUGGUUCUUGAGUACAACUGGGACCCGUUGAAGGUUAAAUCACAAGACGACGAAAUAACCGAGGACUGUAAAAUUUCAAUCAAGAAAGAAAACAGUGUCAAAAUUUCGAUGAAGAAAGAAAACGAUCUCACGAAUUCACCCAAAAAAGAAAACGAUCUCACGAAUUCCUUGAAGAAGUUGCUGUCUUUGGCCAAACUUCAUUCUACUAAACCUGUGGUGAAGUGUUCGUGUGGACACGUUUGUGGUGUUAACACUACUAGUGCUACUACUAGUAGUAAAAGUACUCCACAAUUUAAAAAACCGGCGACUACAAAAGUGGUUAAGAAAACUCCAGUGGUUCAUGAAAAAACUGCCGUUGAAGAAAAACUCGAGAACACAAACGCGAAUCCACCACCAGUUGUAAAAGAACAACCAAAUGACGAUUUCGAGGAAGAUCGACAUUUCCUUGCAACAACAAAUUCGGUUGUACAGUUUAUGAACCAGCGUGAUAGUAUUAACAAGCUAAAUCGGGCUAGAGGUAGAAGUAGGUAUAAGCAGCUAGUGGUGGAACGUAAAUUAGUUCCUAAUAAGUCGGAAAGUAAGCAUCAAAUCGUGACUAUGAAUAUUGUAUCUCAGGAUAAUACGCCAAGCGUAGAGUUAAACAAUAAGGGUAACUCUGACGACACAUCAAACAAUUCCGGGCUUCCAUCUCUUUUACGGGGCGAUACUAAGGUUGAUACUGGUAAGGUAGUGGAGGAUACUUGCGUUUCUGAGAAAAGUUUUAGCGGGUUUUUGGAUGAUAAUCCAAGUUCUAAUUUAUCAGGAAUAUCAAAAAUUUUGAAAGAGAAUGAAAAUCAAUGGAUUAAUUCUGAUGUAGCGGACUAUUCAUUGAGUAGUUUACUUGGACACUUGGAUUGUCCUACGAAAAAUGAGGACACUCAAAUGUCACAACUUUCUCAGGAUGUUGAUGCCCAACUGCGCACCUUACUAAUAGAAACCAGCGUGGAUUACACCGCCAAAUUCGCAGAUCUAGCUGCUCAAGUUGUUGAUAAUAAAAAGUAAACGACCAAUGUGCACAUGUUUAUAGUAUUAUAUUUGUAGUAAACUAUACUUACUGUUUAAUAACAUUUAUGUAAUAUGAAUACGCAUAGGUUUUUAUCCCUGUAAAAAGAUUUAUAUUUGGUAAUGUUGUAUACGGUUUGCAAUAAUCCCUACUUGUUUAUUAAGAUUGUGAUAGAAUUGUGUAUAUGUACCAUACUGACAUUAUAGAAUUUUUUUUAACAAAAA